AUGGGGCGCGUGAUCCGCGCCCAGCGCAAGGGGCGCGGCGGCAUCUUCAAGUCGCGGCGGACGCACAAGAAAGGGCCCGCCAAGUUCAGGGCGAUCGACUCAGCGGAGAAGAACGGAUACAUACGGGGUGUGGUGACGGCUAUCAUCCACGACCCAGGAAGGGGGGCGCCGCUGGCGAAGGUCAGUUUCAGAGACCCAGUUCGAAAGGGGUUGAGAGGGGAGAUGUUCAUCGCGCCAGAGGGAAUGUUCACUGGACAGUACGUGUACUGCGGCAAGAGGGCCACAUUGGCGAUCGGCAAUGUCAAGCCUGUUGGGGAGAUGCCAGAGGGUAGCAUCGUCUGCAACGUGGAGAAGAACAUCGGUGACAGGGGUUCCAUGGCGCGGUGCUCGGGGGAUUAUGUCACGGUUGUAGCUCACAACCCAGACUCAGGAAUUACCAGGAUCAAGCUGCCAUCUGGCGCAAAGAAGGUCAUCUCCAGCAGAUGCAGGGCCAUGGUUGGCCAAGUUGCUGGAGGUGGACGCACUGAGAAGCCCCUCCUGAAGGCAGGCAACGCUUACUGGAAAAACAAGGCCAAGAAGAACCGCUGGCCGAAGGUCCGUGGUGUGGCCAUGAACCCUGUGGAGCAUCCUCACGGUGGUGGAAACCAUCAGCACAUUGGUCACCCAUCGACUGUGAAGCGCAGCGCGCCUCCAGGGCAGAAGGUGGGUCUCAUCGCCGCCAGGAGGACCGGCCGGCUGCGCGGUACUACUGUCGUCAAGGGGGAGAAGGAGUAA